CUUUUCCUGUAAUAUUUUAAAGACAUUGAAAAUGGAAGAAAGUAUCCACAAAACUUUGGUUUGGCAGAUGCUUUGAGGAGCUAAAUCUCUGAUUUAAACCAUGAAAAUCAUAUCAUGGACAGAGAUUAAACUACCAUGUCAACGGAACAAGCAGAGAGGCCCUUGCUCCAUCAAAAUGUCACAAACCCUCCGAUGGAUAUUAAUAGACAACUUAGAGCCUGUGUCCUGAAGAUGUUCAAAAGCUAUUAUUCAGGCAAUUGGAGAAGAAUCAAAAAAAUCAGAAGUGCAAGGUUCUGUAAUUAGUAUCAAUAUGGCUUGGGGGCUCAUGACCAGGGUUUGAUAAACUUUGAGAGUAUUCUUAAAUUAGAAAUGGCUUAUUUGCAAUCAGAACAGAUUUUGAUGAACAGGAUUUUUCAUACUCAUUGCCCUCAGCAGCACUGCAAAGUUCUCACAAAGCUUUGUUCCAAUGAGCCUAGGAAAUAUAAUCUUGCACAUGUGCAGGGCUAAAGCUGACAUUUAUCUGGAUAAGUAUUCCUUCAUUUCAUUCUUUGUUCAUCAGACUUCAAGAGAACUUUUGAUAAGUUUCUCCAUUAAGCCAACGUUCACGAUAAUGUUGAAGGUUUUGCUUCUAUUAACUUGCAAAUAGUCAUUCUCAACGGCGUUGCUCUGUAGACGAAGUUAUUGGACCAGACCUUGCAUCUUUACACUUUGUGAAGACUUUGAUAAACAAUGUUCGAGUUGGAAGAACCUAUGGUAACGAAGUGUCACCCGAUUUUUCAAAAUCAAACCACACGAGUAUGAUAAAGAUCAAAUGUAUUUGCAAACAUAUUGAGAGACAUAGAGUGAGUACGCCCAGCUCUAGGCUACAUUGAUCUUUAGCAUACCGACCUCUGCUGAGUGACCAGUUUCUUAUAAAUGAUACCAGCCAAUGAGUAUCUAUGGAGAUUGCAAUUUGAACAUAUUCGUAAAAUCAGAACAAGUUAUGAUUCGAUAAGAAUACAAACCCUGCCGAAUUAAGAAAAUUGAUUUGAACCUGCAGUUAAGAAGCUAAGCCUGCAUAAAAGUCUUUCUUUCAAUAUUGAAAUAACUCUAAGCAUCAUCUUUAAAGCCCUCCAAAUACCAGAAGGCAUCCCCUUCGUAUCCAUAUAAAUUUUUAAUUUACUGAAACCUCUUUAACUUCCUCUCCUCAAACUAGCUAAAAUUAUUCGGGAACAACCAGAUUAUUUAGUGAUGAAUUAUGGAAGAGAGGUCAGGAAGGGAAUGAGGAGUGGAGGAAUACGAGGGGUCAAUGGGUUUUGAGGGCUGAUGUGGGAGGGACUCUAGGGGCUAAAGGUGGCCUUAGGGUGGAAAAUUGUGUGUAUCUGGGGUGUAUGAGGGGUGAGGAGGAAGGAGUAUGCUUUGUGGUGGUAAAAAAUGGAGGGAUUGUUAGAUGCUUUGAUGAGUGCUCAAGUUCAGACUCUAAACCUAUAUUUCAACAAGCGAUACUAAUUUCAAGCGUAUGUCUG